CUCAGCAACGCGACAAUACUCUGCAACAACAAUUAUGAGCACCUAGGACUGGAUAUUCACGUAGAAUUAGCUCGGUGGGGUUUGCGCCAUCCACGAUGUAUCACAGAAGCCGUGUCUUCGCGUCUGUCUUCCCGGUGCCCUCUCUCUCUCAUACUACACCUACUCCUAUCGCAACACCAGAUCUUGGAUAUGCUGGCCCUGGGCAAUCGUUCGGUAGCCCGUUCGUCAGCAAUGCCAGCGGGCAACAUCGUGCGGUGAGGCGCAACCUUGCCUGGAGCACCGCAACACGAUUCCUGAGCCUUCCGAAACUGCCACUGGGUGAUACAUCACUUGAUCUGCAGCAGACACCGAAGACAGCCGAAGUCGAAGAAUCUCUGCGCUAUCUGCUUGUUGGGGAGGGCAAGGGCGAGGAUGGACAUGAAGAGAGCUUGGUAGACUGGUAUACCAACGAAGCGGGACUGCACUUCGCGAACUUUGUCCGGCCGACGUUAGAGGAACUAUGGGACAAGGAAAUGGACCUGCGACACUCUUGGGACGCUUUGCAACAGACGCAACAAAUUCUCCAUCAAGUGCAACAUCUCUACCUCCAGCCGUUCAAUGAUCACAUAAUCCCUCUCCUAUAUCAUGACGGUUCUUCUUCCACCAUUCGCCCAAACAAGCCUGAACAGACCCAAGCACAUUCCACGAAUUGGAAGCUACGACGAGACAUCCAUGCUACUUUCGCCCACUGUCUGCCUCCCCAGCGCUUCUCGAAAGCGCUAAGCUACGUAUUGUAUGAUGCGGGAUGCAGACUGUUCCACAUCUAUGUGCGGCAUGAUGGUGUUGUCGUCAGUUCCACAUCUGAGAAUACUGUGGAAUUUCGGGAGCGUGUGAUGACCCUUCUACGAGGCCUAGAACAGGUUGGUCUAGGUGGAGACAAUGCCCAGAAAGCAUUCGCGCACGCCAUGAACAGGCUAGUGGAUUCGUUUAUCCUCAGUCACUACCUCAAGGUGGACUGGUACUCCAAGAAGUCAGUUGUGCCUCACCUGCGAAUGUGGAUUAAAGACGGUUUCUGCCCCCUCGUCGAGCUUGUGCUGGGAUGUUUGAAGUGCGAUCCAAGCCAGGUAGAGCCAACAGAAUUACAGCAGUGGCAAGAUAUGGCUUUGGGCAGAUUAGGCAGAGCAAGAGUGGAUAAUCUCUUCGACUUUGUAAUCAAUUGGAACAAGAGCCUAGGCGCUAUCAUGGACAUAAAGGAAUAUCUCAGACUCUCCGGCGCAAAACAACAUCUGACCUCCAGCUUUUCCCAGCAGGUGUCACGCCGACUACUUCAUGCCGGAGCUACCACGACAUACAUACUGAAUGUCUACAUCUACGUCAUUCGCGCAUUCCAUGAGCUAGAGCCCAAAGGAGUUUUACUCGAAAGAGUAGCGCGUCCCAUUCGAAGAUACCUGAAAGAUAGGGAGGAUACCGCUCGAAUCAUCAUAUUAAGCCUUCUUACGGAUCUAACGGACAACGUUGGGGACAAGUUCGCACCAGGCAGUGAGCUGUCAUACGAGAUUGCAAGCGAAAUGCAGAAGCCCAUUGCAAACCUCAGCCCGGAUCAAGACGAAGAACUCAACUGGAACGAUAUGAACUGGCAGCCUCUUCCGACGGACGCAUCCCCGGACUACAAAAAGGCGAAGGUGGAGGAUGUGAUCUGGUUCCUCCUGACGCUGUGGGACAGGGAGAAUUUCAUCGAUGAACUAAAGAACAUACUGGGAAAUCAUCUGCUCAGGUGUCAAGACCCUGAGUACGAGAAGGAGAUCCGGCUACUAGAACUCAUCAAGAUCCGACUCGGCGACGACAAACUCCAAGCUUGCGAAGUCAUGCUACGCGAUGUCCUUGAUUCCAAGCGUAUCAAUUCUUCGAUUCGAGCCAGUGGAGCGUCACAGUUACUCCCGUCUCCGCAAGGUUACCCAAGCACUCCUCAAUCUAGUCGUCAGUCAGGACCUGGUCCAUCAACACCCUCUAUACCCCCGCCACAAGGCCCAAGACUCAACGCGCAGAUUCUAUCGUCUUUCUUUUGGCCACCCCUUCGCGAAGACGACUUCUUAGUCCCGGAUCAGAUCCAAGCCCUCCAAAAGGAAUACGAAUCCCGAUUCGAGCGCAUUAAAGGAAUGCGCAAGCUCCGUUGGAUGAACGCCCUCGGUGACGGAACAAUCACAUUGGAAUUCGCGGACCGAACGGAAGAAUUCGAAAAGCUCACUCCCUGGCAAGUGAGCGUAAUAUACGCAUUCCAACCCCAACCAAGCGAGGAAUGGGCAGGUGGGCAAGGCAAAGGAAAAGGCAAGCAGAAGGUUUCAGGUGUGACCAGAAAUGUGGAUCAGCUCAGGGACAUGCUGGAAAUGGACGAGCAGCUCGUCUACCAGGCUCUCGCCUUCUGGGUCGGCAAAUCCGUACUCCGUGAAACACAUCCAGAGACCUAUGAAGUCAUUGAGGAAGCGUCAUCGUCGAAUAAAGACUCAGAUGCUGCAGCUGCAGCGCAAGAGAUUGCGGAGGUUCAGGCACAGGCUCAAGCAGGCGCUGUCAAAACUCAAGCAGAUCUAUUGCAGGAGAAGAAGGAUGUUUACAUGAGCUUCAUCUUCGGUAUGCUCACCAAUCAGGGCAACUUACCUUUGCAGAGGAUCCUUAUGAUGAUGAGGAUGAUGGUGCAGGGUGGGUUUCCGUUUGGGGCUGAUGAGUUGAAGGGCUUGCUUGGAGAGAUGGUGACAGCGGAGAAAGUUGUUAAUAUGGGUGGGAAUGUUUAUGGGAUCAGAAAGGGCUAAGGCUGCAUGGAUGGGUUGUAUGUUUCGAGUUAUGGAUUUGAAGUAUAACGAGGUUCGGUGGUAGCGCAGAAACCUCAUGGUUAAC